AAUAAUUGACCUCAAGUAUAGCUUGUUUCCUUCUACAAUCCAUAAUUCCACCUGAAUACAAUCUCUUUUAACAAUGAUUUGUUUGUUGAUUGCCACUUACCUUUAUACUGGAUAUAUAAGCUUUGAUCAUGAUAUAAUUAAUUCAAUUGAUUCAACCAUAAUUAUACUAACACUAGCAAAAUAAGUAAAACAACUCUUAUUCUCAAACAACAAUGAUGUAACCAACAAUUUCCACUAUCUGUCUCUCUAACUCUCUCACUUCCACCCACCUUUAUGUCAUCUAUAUAUAUGUCUAGAAACCUACACUCAUUCUCAUGCUUUUAUUCUUCCUACUACUUUUUCCUAUACCACUAAGUCUAAUUCCCUUUAUCUUUCUCUAUUAUCAAGAUGACCAUGAACAAAGUUAAUAAAUCUCAAGUUAUAGUUCUCUCUAUCUUACUUCUUCUCCUUGUGAUCACACCCUUGUUACCUUCCUCUCUCAGGCCUACUUACCUUUACUUAAUCUUCAACAUCCUUAUCAUUGCACUUGGAGCUGAAGCCGGUCUUUUGUCGGUGCUCUCCGAACCUUCUGAAGACAAAAAGCAACAUGUUUCUGUUACACAACCGAAACAUGAAAUGCUAGAACAAGAAGAGAAAGAAGCAUCUAACAUAAUAAACAAUGCAUAUUCUGUUUCAGAAGAACAAAAUGAAAACAAGCCUAAGGUUGUUGAAAAAUCUGUAUCUGAGAAGAAGAUUGUGUAUGUUGAUGUUGGUGUUAGUAAAGUGGAUAAGGUGAAAAAAUGUCCUUCAAUGCCAAGUAUUUUUUUCAUAGAAGAUGGAGAAGAUGAUCUAGAAGUGAAGGAUGAGGAGGUUGAAGUAGAAGAUGAGAUUUGUGGUGUUAAUGGUCAAGAACUUUUUGCAAAAGCUGAAGCUUUCAUUGGAAAUUUCUACAAGCAGUUGAAGAUGCAGAGAGAGGAAUGCUGGGAUUCUUAGUAAACCUAUUUAGGACUUAAGUAUUUUUUAUUUUUUUAUCAAGAAUAAAUAUUUUUCUAUGUUGUUAAAUUAGGAACACUAGUUGUUGUGAGAGGAUCCAUUGUACAUAUUUUGAUUUGGAAUUGGAGGUUAUGUUAUAUUCAA